AUGAAGCCAUUGAGGCAAUUUCGUCCGUUUCAAUUGCUGGCCAAAGAGACACUGAGCGAAGGUGGCGAAGAUGGCUUCCCCGUGCGCCGCUUCACUUUCGAGCUGCCUUCGGACUGUUCCUUGCAGACUUUGGGCUUCGACUUGGGCCUCGGUGACUUUGUGCAGGUGCGGCCGCCGGCCGGGAGAGUGCGGUCCUACUCGCCUGCCUCGCCGGUGCAGCGCACCGGGAGCUUCGACCUGGUGGUGAAGAUCUACCCUGGGGGGCGGUGCUCCGGGCACCUGGACAGCUUGUCGGUGGGAGACCAGGCCAUGAUCUCCGGCCCCGCUCCUGUGCCCUGGCUUGCCUACACCUUAAAGCAACAGCAGCAUGUGGGACUGAUCGCCUUUGGUGUGGGCAUCACGGAAGCUUUACCCGUGGCUUUGUCGCAGCUGGCGAAACCCUUCGAUAGCGUGGAACAAGUGGUUUUGCUCUGGGGCAACAGAUCCUGGAAGGACGUUUUCUGGCAGGAAGAUCUGCAAGAGAUGGUGCGGCAAUAUGCAGGCAGGUUCAAGUUAGUCUACGCUCUUUCGAGAGAGGACUGCGAAGGUUGUGUGCGAUCCCGCAUCGACCAGUCCCUCCUGCAGUCUACCUUUGAGACAUUCCCUCGGAGUGCUGGCUUCCUUGUGGUGGGCACAAAGCAAAUGAAGAAAGAGACACGCCGUGCUCUCGCAGCCUGCGGCUUCUUCUCGCCGCCCCUGCUGCAGAUGAAGCUGCGGAUGCCAUGGAACUGGCGGCGUCGGUAA